CGGAGAUUCACGACACUCAGCAAAAGUGCAUGGAGAGAGACGAGUACACUGUGCUAGGGUACGAUGGAAGCGCCUCAGUCGAUGGUAUUGGACAAUUAACCGGGAACGACCCCAUGGGCGGGGAGUCAUGGAAUCUGUCAGAUAUGAUUGACGAGGAUGACGGGAUAUACUACAGCGAAGGCGUUGAGGUGGACACAGGGGUUAAACCAUCUGACAAACAGCGGUCCAAAGCGCAUGAGCAUAAACCCAAGAACGUGCCUGACAUGCACUCAGUGGACUCUGGCUUCCGACCCACCGGGGAGGACACCCCGACACGCAGUCAGGAGGGAGGGCCAAUGAAACCGCAGAGAAAUCCCGGAGAGCCAACCAAAACGCAAAAAAACACUGGCGAUCCAAUGGGGGACGAGGGAAUCUGUGUGGUCAGCGGAGGGGUGGAGCCUCGCAGCAAGGCCGCAGAGUGGCUGCCGUGUGUGGAGAUACAGACACACUUUGCACAACGACCAUUGUGGACGGGCGCACAGUUCUCACUCAAAACCCUACAACGACCCAACACGGCAGCAACGCCGUAUGAGGGUAGUCUGCCUACGCCGGUGCCUAUUGCUACUGAUGCCUCGGUGCUGCUGGAUGAUGAUAUGCAGGAAAUGAACGUCGACACAUCCGGACGCGACCCCCGGCCGGUGCCGCAGUGGAUGCACACAGGCAAUCCGUACGACGAACAAGAAGCUUCAGUGGUCAUCAACUCAAAAGCACACGCGCAUGACACAUUACUGGAGGCAGUGGAUAUGGACAGCCUCACCUCUGCAUUGGAAGAGCCAAUGAGCACGGACGACCUAAAAAUAGAACAGCCGUACGUCCCCGACCGCGACGAGGGUAUUGUGCGAACGAUGUUCGAUGGGAACCGAGUUGUCCAAACUAUAGGCCUGGAUGGGUUGUCGCAAAGGGACCCAACUGCUGACGCUGUAGGCGACACGUUGGCUUACGGGGACAACAAGCAGCAUGACAUUAUCAUGCAGAGUAUGGAUGUCGAUGUAGAUACAUCGUACUAUAAGGCUGAAGAGCCGUUGCACGUGCGCAGCCGAAGUACUGACACUGAGAGUGAAGAGGAGGAGCCCAUGCUACAGCCACCGGUAGGAAUAACUGCGCAUGAUGUUAUCAUCAACCACGUCUACGACGAGGCAAAGCAGUUUCCCGAAGCGUCGCGAAUUGAUGCGGUGUCGCAAAUCGAUGCUUCGUCGGAAAUUGGGGCCGGCGGGGGUGUGGCGGCAGUUGCUAAUAGUGAUGAGUCCGCAAGAGGGGGUAGUGACGCGGGAGGUAUAGAUGAGGCGCGAAGUAGUCCUGUGUCGCAAAUACAGACCACUGACGACAAUACAUCUUCACGAACAAAGGAUAAUAGACCUGUGAACACGUCACCAACGAACUCUGGUUCAGGCUCAGUCUCGAAAGCAAUUUCGUCGGAAAAUUUGAGUCCCAAACCUCAGGACAAGUCAACAGACACAGACGAAGUGUCCAAUAAUUCAGGCGAUGAGAAGCAUACACACACCCCCGAAACCGAUUCUCUCGCUAAACCCGAAUCAGCAACCACGCCGAUUUUGGUCGUAAAUGAAUAUCCGGACGCGGAUAUGACGUCAUCUAGUACAUCCUCGUCAUCUCAGAUAUCUGGCACCUCAAAGGACUCGAACAGCCAUGUCGCAAAUUCCCCGGAUGUCGCGAAUUCGUUGGAGAUUGCGGAUAACGGAGGCACAAACCAUGAGGCAGAGAUUGAUUCUUAUCUGAGCCACACGGCCUCUCCAGAGCUUCCAGACGUGUUGGAGGUCUCACCAGAAGAGUCCCAAAAUCCCAACGAAGAGUCCCAAAAUCUUGACGAAGUGUCCGAAAAUCUUGACGAAGUGUCGGAAAAAUCCGAAAAAGGGCCCGAAAUAGUGGUGGUGCAGGAAAAGCGACUGACGGAAGCCGAGAUUGUUGCCCUAUUUUCCAACACAGAUCUCGCCUCGAGUAGUCCGAAGGAGAGUGCAUCACGGACCGACACAAAUCUCUCGGUAGAAACUGAUGGAGGCUCAUCCACCAGUUCAACAUCGAAGAAGAAGAAGAAGAAGAAGAAGAAGAAGAGACCCUCCCGAUCAAACUCAACAGCGAGCCACGACAGUGACAAUGGAGACGACAGUAAAAGUACCAAGGGGUCCUCACCGGAGGCACUAGGCUCAGAGACGGUUAAAGAUUAAACAGGACGCACGUACUAUCUAUAGAUACUCUUGAAAAUAGAGAUACAACGAAGCGGAUUCGUGGCCAAUGUGUGGGACGAUCGCAUUGAUACUUGGCGGAAUGUAUCAAAUCGAUUGUGGUUUCUAUCACGAGGAUAAAACCUGUAUUAGGCUAACCGGCUCAUCUAGCAGGGUCUCUAUCAACUGAUUAAUUCGCAUGCGCGUGCAUAGCAUAAUCACUCUCCUCUGACUCCUCAUGUGAUCGCUGGUCUGAGAAACCCGAGCUUUCGACCGAUAUAGCUGUCCAACGUUCGAUCGUGGGCGUAUGUGAGCUUGUGAGUCGUCUUGCCCAUACCUCUCAGCUUCUAACUUGCUUCGAUCCAUACGUGAGUCAUUCCCUCUCCAUAGACUCGUGUGCACCCAGCACACGCCAGAGGCACAUACGGAGAUGCACACAGUCACGUAUUGGUCAUGUGCGGUCCUGUAACCUUGUUCCGAAAUACAGUAAAUGGUGUCCGAUUCUGGAUUUCAUAAUAUAUACACAAG